GUGUUGUUUAUUUAUCGGUGGUCGCAGAGCAUCUUACCUUUCAGCAUAGUCUUUUAUUUUCCUGUGUGUCCAAGUGGCAACCUCUUGGUCUGAAAAGCAAAGCCAGUGCAGAAGAACCUGCAUUAUUUCUAGUGGCCGGUUCAGUUUUUCCGCAGGACACCAUUCACUCAAAGAACCUCAGCAGACCUUAAACAAGCUGGAGAACGAGCACAUCUCGAAAAGGCCGAGCGCUUGAUGUGAAGUGUAGAGAAACAGCCAGCUCUUUCAGCAAUCUUACUGCAAUCACUGUAACUGUUUCACUGCUGGAUGGUCACAGAUCUGCUCUGCGGCAACUGUAACCACAUCCAACAGUGAUGUCACCAUAUCCUGAGACCCCCCUGGAGUACACUUGUACAUCACUGCAGAAAGGUUAAACCACUGGAGGACCUGGGAGGGGUGAGUCCUCCUCAGAGGAACUGGAAAGGGAUCGCCAUCGCUCUGCUGGUCAUCCUGGUGGUCUGCUCGCUCAUCACCAUGUCUGUCAUCCUCCUCACACCAGCUGACAGCCAGGCUGGAAGCGACACCAAACUGAGUGUGGAAGAUCUGUUCAAACCUGAGUUCAAAGUCCAUGACCCGGAAGCCAAAUGGAUCAAUGACUCUGAAGUCAUCUACAGAAACAGCGACGGCCACGUCAUCAAGUUCAACAUCCUGACAAAUGAAACGGAGAUUGUCCUGACAAACACAACCUUUAUCAAUUUCAACGUGGCCAAGUAUUCUGUCUCCCCUGAUCUGAAAUAUGUACUCUUCGCUUAUGAUGUGAAACAGGUUUACCGCCACUCCUACAUGGCCUCCUACAGUAUCUACAAUAUCCACACACGGGAGGUUUGGGAGCUGGACCCUCCUGAGGUGGUCAACUCAGUCCUGCAAUACGCUGCCUGGGGAGUCCAAGGCCAACAACUGAUCUACAUAUUUGAAAAUAACAUCUACUACCAAUCAGACGUCAAGAGUAACUCCCUCAGGCUAACAUCCUCAGGGAGGGAAGGGGUCAUCUUCAAUGGGAUUGCUGACUGGCUCUAUGAAGAGGAGAUCCUUCAGAACCAUGUGGCACACUGGUGGUCACCUGACGGAGAGAGGUUGGCCUUCCUGGUCCUUAAUGACAGUCUGGUGCCCAACAUGGCUCUACCUCGCUUCACCGGCAUGACAUACCCCAAAGGAAAGCAAUACCCGUACCCCAAGGCUGGCCAACCCAACCCGGUGGUGAAGCUCUAUGUAGUCAAUCUUUACGGGCCGACGCACACGCUGGAGCUCAUGCCUCCGGAGACGCUCAAACUACGGGAACAUUAUGUGAGCAUGGUGAAGUGGAUCAGCAAGACCAAGACAUCUGUCAGGUGGUUGAACCGGGCCCAGAACAUCUCCAUCCUGACUGUGUGUGAUACGACCACCGGAGCCUGCGUCACGAGACAUGAAGAAAGCUCUGAGCUCUGGCUUUCCAAGCAGAACCAAGAACCGGUGUUCUCCAAAGAUGGCAGCAGAUUCUUCUUGACUGUCCCUGUCAAACAAGGAGGACGUGGAGAGUUUCAUCACAUCGCCAUGUUCACCACACAGUUCAGAGCAGAUCAAAAUGAAGUCCGACAUCUAACAUCAGGGAACUGGGAGGUGACCAAGAUCAUUGCCUAUGAUGAGAACGCUGACAACCUGUAUUUUCUCAGCACAGAGGGUUCACCACGAAGACGGCAACUUUACAAUGUUAAAACUGUGGGUCUGUUCCCACGACGGUGUUUGACAUGCGAGCUAAAUAAAGCUCACUGUCUGUACUUUGAUGCUGACAUCAGCCCCACAAACCAGCACAUUAUCCUCCACUGUAAAGGUCCUGGAGCACCGACUGUGAUUUUACACAGCCUCAAUAAUUCAAAUUACUACAUCCUUGAGAACAACUCUUUGCUGAAGGCAGCCUUGAAGUACAAAAGGAUCCAGCUGACUGACUUCAGAACUGUUCCGAUGGAACAUUUUGAUUUACCUUUGAAGCUCUCCUACCCACCAGACUUCUCUGAUUCCCGUCACUAUGGACUGCUGUUGCUGGUUGACAGCGCCCCUGGCGGUCAGGCUGUGAGUGACCGCUUCUCUCUCAGCUGGGACUCCGUGCUGGUCAGCUCAGACAGCGUCAUCGUGGCUCGUCUGGAUGGCCGGGGCAGCGGCUUCCAGGGUCAGAGGAUCCUGCAUGAGGUUCACCAAAGACUGGGAACUGUUGAUGUUCAGGACCAGGUUGCAGCAGUAGAAUACAUUAUGAAAUUUCCAUAUAUUGAUCGGACACGGAUAGCAGUGUUUGGAAAGGGUUAUGGAGCGUAUAUAAUAUUAAUGAUGCUCAAGUCUACUGACAGCCUCUUCAAAUGUGCAUGUGCAAUGUCACCAGUGACAGACUGGAAACUCUAUGCAUCAGCGUUCUCUGAGAGAUACCUUGGCAUGCCAUUACGGGAUGACAGCAGAUAUCAGUUUUCCAGUGUGCUGCAGAACGUUCAAGCACUUAGGGAGCAGACACUGAUGCUGGUGCAUGGCACAGCAGAUGCCAACAUCCACUUUCAGCAUACUGCUGAGCUCGUCAAGAACCUUGUGAAAGUUGGAGCAAACUACUCAAUGCAGAUCUACCCAGAUGAGAGCCAUUUCCUAUCUCAGCAGAGUCGCCAGCACCUCUAUGCCACACUGACCAGCUUCUACAGGGAGUGUCUGAAGGAGGAGUUACUACCGCUGCCUGAUGAGGAAGACGAGGAGGAGGAGUAGGCGGGAGGCCUUGAGGGUCAGACCUUUGGCAGAGCUUGAAGAAUUCAGCUACAAUCCGUCAAGGCCUUUCGCAUUUGGACAGUGUUUAGCCAGACAUGGACACUGGGUUAGAGCUGCUAAUGCUCUUAAAGUGUGUGUGUGUGUGUGUGUGUGUGUGUGUGUGUGUGUGUGUGUGUGCGUGUAUGUGUAUGUGUGUGUGUAUGUGUGUGUGUGUGUGCGUGUGUUUGUGUGUGUGUGACCACUCCAGUGUGUGAUUGUGUAUGCUGGUGUAUAAAUGUGUUGAAGAUAAUGGAAGGACAUUACAAUGGUACUUGCAUUGCUGGGACUUGAGAUGGGAACUGCCCUCUAGCAUAAAGUCAUUUCAGUUUUGGGACGCUCUGUUUCUUGGCAAUGUGCGCGGAAGACUGCCUCCGUCUUUUGCAGGCUCUCUGGACUGUAGUCAUCCACACUUUUCAAGUGCAUGGUUCUUUUUUCCCUCAUUUUGCCAUGUUAGUCUCCUUUGUGGUAGCCCUUGGGGAGAAAAGAACACAGAUGUACACUUUUGAUCUCACUUCUCCUUUGGUUGUUGUAUUGUUGCACAAGGAAAUGGUCCAGCCAUCUGCGAAAAAUGUUUAGUCACGCAACUUCACCACAAACGAGUUGAUCCUGAAUAAGUGCUAUUUCCUGCUGAAGCCCUCCGCCAUUGCCCACGCUAAAUGAAAACAGUCUUUAUAGGUCACACUUUAUUGUACAGGGGUCUUGUGUAGACAUGUACAAUGCCUUAUGAGGUUAAACAUACUGUAAUAUUACUCGCUGGCAGUGGUAGUCAUCCAUUAGCAGUGUCAUGUUAACCUAUGUCAACUCAGGUCCUCGAGACACAGCAUUGCAGUCAGUUUAGUAUCUAAAACAGUUACAGCACCAUGUCAGCUGUAUGGUCAUGAAUAAGUUAUGAAUUAUAUGUAACGAUAAUGGAUAUUGGCCAUAAAGUAAUUUCAGUUUCAGGCCACGCUGCAAAAGUUCUCCAUCUUAAUAUGUAAUUUAACCUUGUUUUCUUAAACUCUUAGUUUUCUUAAAACAAGUGAUAAAAUCUCUAAAAUGGUGUGAGAUGAUUUUUUUCUGUCUAUCUCCACCUGAUUUAAAAACUUUGUUGAAGUCAAGACAAAUUUUCCAUACUCUUGGAUGUUCUCUUGUUUCAAGAAAAGAAUUAACUGCAGUAGAUAUUAAUGAAAAUGGAUGUACUAAGAUGGACAAUUUUACAGUGUCUGUAAGGUGUUUGCAUGUCUACAGGGAAUGUGUCAAGUGUUGCCACAUUUUGUACAGUACAAUACAGCAGAGUGUGUACAUAAAUAUAUUUUUGAGAUGUCUGAUCUCAUAGAUAGUUUAGUCUAUGGGGAUGGAUUGAUUUGACCUUGAUGUCUUGUACUUUACUUUUGUUUCUUUUCUUUUUUCCUUUCAGCUAUUGAUUUUCUUCUUAGAAUGGAUUUUGUAAUGCUUGUUCUUGUUCUUUUUGCUGUUUUAAAAGGGAAAGGGCAGGGUUGAGGUUUUGGGGUUAUUGUGAUUGUCCUCUAGUGAUGAUUAUAAAUAAAUAAAAAACUAUGAAAUACAA